AUGGCGUUGGCGGAAGGGCCGGCGGCUGCUGCGGCGCCGCCCGCCACAGAUUGUGACGCAGUCUCUUCUCGCGGACUGGCUGCUGCCUCCUCGGCGCAGUCCAGGGCCGCCUGCUCGCUGCCUGGCCGGGGNGCCCGGGAAAAAUUUGAGAUUGGAGUGGUUCAGCGCCUAGAGCGCUCCCUAACGGAGGUGGGUCCCUCUGACCCCCUCCGAGCUUUCGAGGUGGUCGGAAAAUUAGUUUCCGCAGUCGUGGCAACAUCCGGCGGUGGACUCAAGGGUGACUGCGUGCGGGCCUUAAAAUCCGGAGCGGCCACCCUAGAAGAACGUCUGAGGGAAGUGGUGGACCGCACCACGACGACGGAGACGGCGGGCUUGCGGCAGGAAGUGGCCCUGCAGCACGCCCGCCUCGAGCAACUCUCGAACGAGAAUGGCAAACUUCGGGCGGAGAAUGGGCAGCUGCGAGUGGACAUGGCUGAGUUGAGGACCAUGGUUGCCGACCUCAUCGAGCGGCAACGCAGCUCGGCCCCUGCCCCUCCUCCGCCCGAAGCGGAAGGCCUCAGUGAGGUGGACGAGUUGAGGCGGCAGCUCCUCAUACAGGAGGCGCGCAGCUCCAAGGUGGAGCGCGCGAGACCGCCCCUCGCUCACGAGGCUAACGGAAGUACGCCUGUGCCGGCACCCCGCAGGAGUGUGCAGCCCGCUGUAAAAGCAUACAGCGGGAAGAAGAAGGCUACACCCGCGCGAACUCCCGCUGCGGCUGCACCUAAACCCGCGGCUGCAGGGGCGCCGGCACCCACGGCCCCUGCAUCAAAACCGGUGUCCGCUCCUGCCCCGUCCCAGCCUGCGAAGGCGGGGCCUGGCAGGAGCCGAAACAAAAAGAAGGGGCGGACCAACGCCGCCAAACCGGCACCGACCCCCCAGCCCCGCCCACUGCCCCCAGCCCCGGCCAACAUGGACGAGGCCUGGACGACGGUGGUGCGGCGCGGGCCCAAAAAGGUUGCGGCGCCUGUCGUGCCGCGCCCCAAGCCCGCCCCUACGGCCGCCGCUCCCCGUCAAGAGGGUCGAGCGGAGCCUAGGGGCCGAACUGGACGAAGGAGGCCGCGCGCCCCGCGGUCGGCUGCAGCAGUCGUGGAGCUGCUGCCGGCCGCCAAAGAACGGGGCAUCACGUACCACGACGUGAUGACUCAGGCGCGCGGCGGCGUAAAUGUGGACGCCCUCGGCGUGGAGGAUUCAUAA